AUGAGCUGCAUAUAUCAAGAAGGGUGUAUUGGCGGAUGCUUGAAACCAGACACUUGUGAGAUCUGUAACACAACCAAGGGAUAUGCGGCUGAUUGCCAAGGGUGUACAGAUGAUCAUAUGUGGUUUGGCGAAGGGGUGUGCCUAAAAAUUCCUAAAGAUAAAAUGUCUUGUGGUGGGUUCUUUAAGACGGUCAAAAACCUUUCAGAUAGUGUUUUGAACUCUACUAUGAAAGAUAGAUUUGAAAUCGAUCUGGCAAACACUGAUUUUGGAGACAACGGUGAGGUGAUCAUUCCAGAACUCCCAAUAGGUAUUAGAGAUAUAUUACAAGUCACCCGAUGUUCCAGAUUAGUCGAACCAACUAAACCAUACACUUAUGGUGUUUGGAUUAAGAUCACAUCAGACAAGAAGCAAUACGUAUCUAUUGAAUUAGAUAAGAAGUAUUCAAGAGAAGAACUGAUAUUAGCAUCAACUCAACAAAAGAAGGUGGGGAACUCAAGAGGAAUGGUUGUACAAGAGGAGUGCCCUGAUUCUACUGAUAUUAGUCAGUCUGUGUAUUGUGUUUACAGAAACGGAGGGUUUUCAAAGUACAUCCAGUCGCCAAGAAUCAUCACUUCUAUGAAUGAAGGUGCAGUCCAAUACAUCUUUGUCCACUCGAAGUAUGCUGCUGAACAAAUUGGAGAAUUUAAGAUUUAUAUUAACACCAUCGUUCAUGCAUGUUCCUCGAGUUAUAACGAUGUUGAAUGGAACGAAAUGGCGAGUUCGUCUUUUACAACAUCUUUGAAUUUGCAAUACUCAAUUCUCUCUACGUCUGUGUGCUCUAUUGACCUCGUGAAAGGAUUCUGGUUCAAGAUCCCAGGCGCCGAUGAGACUUUAGAAAUUUCAACAUGCAACUCCGCGUCCGAGUACGACAUCAAUCUGGACUUACUGAGAGUAAAAAAUGAUGGUUAUAACUUGAACUCGUCAACAACCAACUUCACUUCUAUUGACUGUGAUGAUGCAUCAAAGGCUCAGUGUGUCAGAACAAGAACGGACGGAUGCAAUUCAUCGUCUAGACUGGCUAGAAUGGUAGCAACUUUGGAACACGACUCUGUAUAUUUUUUGUUUGUUGGGAUCAACGAAGAGUAUUCAGCUACUAUAAGAUUGGAUAUCAAAACGACAUGUCCACAGAGCUGUGGUGAGAAUGGUAUUUGCUCGGCUUUUUCAGGACAGUGUGAAUGUCUUGAGGGAUUCGUUCUUAAGGACAGUGUCUGCACAAAAUGUGGGAAUGGUGUAUUAGAUGAGAACGAAGACUGUGAUUUGUCAGUAGCUGGCUAUAUUGAUCCGAAGUGUGACUCCACGUGUAACUGCAAAUUUGGACAUGAACCAAAAAGUAUUGGAGGAGUCACAAAAUGUGCAGUGCCAACAUGUGACAACAAACAAAUUGAUGAAUACGAACAAUGUGAUGGUGGGUUUGGAUGUGAUCACUGUGUCUGUGUCAAUGGCACCAAGAAAUAUGCUAAAGCGAGAUUUGACUGUAUGGUUUCAACAUGCGGCAAUAAGAAGUGGGAGAAAGGAGAAGAAUGUGAUGGUGGAGACGGGUGUGUAGAGUGUGAAUGUCAGCCAGAUUGGUUCAGCCAAAAUCAAGCGGACUGCUCAAGAAUGUCUUCUGCUUUGAGAAACUUCUUAUUCUGGGGUAUCGGAUGUAUAGCAUAUCUUUUGUUGUACCUCUUCUUGUUGUUCUUGAUUGUCAUUUUGUAUGUCAGAAUUACUCAAAAGAUCAAGAAGGAGUUGGAUGAUGAGAAGUUGGUUAUCUUUGAAAACACCAUCAUUCCAUUCGAUAAGACCAACUCGCAGUAUAUCGACUUGAGACAAGAAAACCCAUACUUCACUUUCUCGUCGAAUAACAUCGACUUUGGGGAUACAAGACCUGAAAUUAAUGAGCCAGUCACAACGGAUAUAACACUCACAAACAACUGGAAGGAGAACAUGCACUUUACGUUCCACUCUGGUGACUUUGUGAAGUACGAAAUCAUGUGUAAACCAUUCACUGGGACUAUCAAGCCAAAAGAACAAGUCAAGUUAUCAAUUACUUUCAUGGCAAAGUGCACUACUAUUUUGAACGAGAAGGUCCCAAUUACUUUGAGAUAUGGACAGCUCCAAAACAUCAUGAAAGACAUCAAGAAGGAGAAUCCAAAUUUGAUCGCACACGCUUCACAGUCCUCACAAAAUUCCGAGAGUGAUAACAAAUCCAAAUCUUCGGGAGCUGGAUCUAACAAGAACAGUCACCCAUCACAUCCAAGUAAUCCAUCGAACCCUUCAAAUCCAUCAAAUCCAUCGAAGAGUACACCGAGUGGAUCAGGAAAGUCCAAUUCUGACGACUCAAAGAAGAAGAAGAAAGGGAAGUCCAAAGUGUCCAAAUUCCAUGUCUACUUGAACUUACAAGUCGAGUCUGCGUUGUCCACUAAACUUGAUUAUGAAGAAAUUCACUUGCAACACCCCCCUAUUGGAGGUGGAACAUUUGGUAUCGUCUACAGAGCGGAGUGGAGACGAGUCGAUGUUGCCGUCAAGGUCAUGAAGACUGAUUUGGUUGGUUUGGCUGAGUUGUUACCAAACUUUAUGCAAGAAGCUGAGAUGAUGGAGCGUAUUAGAUGUCCAUACAUCGUCAAUUUCAUUGGAAGUGUCGUGACGACUGAUACGUUGUGUUUAGUCACUGAAUUCUGUCCACUUGCUUCUUUAAGAAAAUUCAUGAAGGUCAACGCGAUGACUGAUUUACUCAAAGUCCGAUUCUGUCAAGAUAUUGCAAAGGGUAUGGAGUACUUGCACCACAACGACAUUUUGCAUCGAGAUUUGAAGACAGACAAUGUGUUGGUCUACUCGAAGAAUCCACACGACCCAAUCACCGCUAAAGUCACUGAUUUUGGUACCUCAAGAUCAUUCAUUGAAUCGUCUGGGAAGAUCGAAUUGCAGAACAUUGGUACGCCAGUCUACAUGGCGCCUGAAAUUAACAAGAAGGAUCAGAUGACAUUGAAGAGUGAUGUCUACUCAUUCGCUAUUUGUAUGUUGGAAAUCUGGUUGGGAAGAGACCCAUACGAUCCAGCCAAAUUCCCCGAUUCGGAGUCUAUUCUCAGAUUUGUCGGUGCGUCUAAAAGACUUGAAAUUGCAGACGAUUGUCUUUUCAAGAAUAUCAUUCAACAAAGCUGGAGGAACAAACCAACGGAAAGACCAACAUUCAAGGAAAUUGGGACCGCACUUGACACAAUUCAGAAGAAGUUGAACGACGCCUCAAAAUCAGACUCAAAGAAGGACCACUCCGGUUCAACAAACACUGGGACAAAUACUAAAGACAAGAGUAUUUCAUCUUCUGAGAAGAAGGAAACUGCUGAAAAUACUGACAAUACCAACACCAAUACAAACACUAACACUCAGGAAGAAAGUAUUGAAGCUUCCGUCUCUUCACAAGUCGCUGGCGCUGACGAAGAGUAA